CCGACCAACAGCAGGCGAUGAAAUUCUGAGUUUUGUCGUUUGUCGUGUGCUUUUACCCGAGUAGCUUUGGUCUCGGCCGGAAAAUUUGUAGAAAAUAUCACACACAAAAAAUAAUAAAAAAAUGUACGGAUUUUUGUAAAACACGAUUUACCACAAAAAGACAAGACACGGGGAUCAAGACUCUGGGUGCGCGGAUAUUUUGUUUUCGCCUUUUCCUACAAAAGUGCUUGUAAUUAAAAACUCGGCCAAAAACGAAACGCAGCGCUACGAAAACAACCAAAGACAAUAACAAUAUAAUAGCAACAAUUCGCGGCGCGUGUGUGUGUGUGUGUUGGUGUUACGGGGUUGUGCCAAAAAAGAAGCGGAGAUAAACAAAAGAACCAUUGGAGGACCGUGUUGUUCUUCACUAUCGAUGAAUCGAUAUAUCGCCUUUUAAAAACAUCGAUUGUGACUCCGAUGUUGUUGAACAUUUCAUCGCAAAAUUCUGUUACUCUCUUAAACUCGCGGGACCGCAAGCUCGGAAAAGUCAAGGAAAACGGAAAACAGAAAAACACGCGAGCACACACAGGCCCCUUUUUAGUCAAUCUGGAUAUGAAAAUUCAAUCGAAAAUAGUGCAAAAAUAGUUAAAUUGUUGUUCAACCAAAAUUUUCAGUGAUGUCGACAAAUUAAACGAGCUGUAUUUAUGUGAAGUGUUCCAAGCUAAUGAAAAUCCGAAAUUAAAGCCUGUGCAUAUAUCCUUCAAAGGAAUUUUCGCACGUAAAGAGUAGCACCCAUCAUCAUCUACGUCACAGGCUGCGUGUACGUGUGAGAGUGCUCGUGUGUGUGUGUUUGUGCACCCCCGGAAAUGUAACACGCACACUGGCGCAGUGGGAAAAACUUGCACCUGAAAGUUUUCAUCGUCGUCGUGUAUCCAUCCGUGUUUUCCCCUCAUCUUCGUGCGCCUGCUCCUUCUCCUGCUGCGAAGAGAGGCAUUCGGAAGGCAGCUAAAGGGCAUCUAGGGCAGCAGCGGAACUGAGGCGCAGCGGAUCCGCCCAAGUGCAGCCUUAGAAAGCUUUGGUGCGGGCACCAUGGACUCGCUCAAGUUACCAAAGGCCAACAGUGCCACCAGCAGUGCCAGCGGCAGCAACAGCAACCUGUCCGUCUCUACAUCCGCGUCCGCGUCCGCCGCCACAUCGCCCACAUCGUCUGCCAAUGCGGCGGGCGUUGGUGUUGCUGGUAGUGGUGGUGUGCCCGGUGCCUCCAAGUCGCCACCUGGACUGAGCAGCACUACACCGAUCACCGUGAGAUUUAAUGCCAACGAGGAGUCCCUGGAUGAUAUCCUGCAGUCCUUCCACCACAACAAGCACAGCCCCAGCGGCGGGGCCAGUGGCGGUGGCGAUGCCUCGCCCACCUCCCAUCUGCUUGGGAUGAAGAACAACGGUCUGGGCCUCAACACGGGCAUGGUGGUGGGUGGCGCCUGUGACUCGCUCUCAAGCAGUCCUUCGCAGCCCCAGAUGCAGGGCGGCGGUCCAUCGCUCUUCGGCAACGACGAAGUAAAUCUGCGCAACAAUUUCCUGCAAGGCGGUGGCUUCUUCAAUCGCAAAAGAUCUGGCAGCAUCGAGGGAGUGUCACCUACCUCGAGCGGCCCCAAUCUUAUAUCCGCACUGUCGGCAGCCAGCGCAGCUGGGGGAGGCGGUGGUGGCGGAGGAGGAGGUGGCUCCGUUGGGGACAGCAUCAGCAGCGGUGGCGGUACCUGGAGGCUUAUCAAGGGCAAGGUCUCGCAAACGAUCGAGGAAAUCAAGUCUGCCAAGCAUCCGACGAGCACGUCGACGAUACCCAUUAUUGUGGCUGAUCCGCCAUCGACCGGCUGGACCAAUCCCGAUCCCGAUUCGGACACCGAGUGCGUCACCUUCAAUACGUCCAUUAGCGAGGAGCUGCCCCUGGAUCAGGAGCACAGGCAGAACUCUGACUCGGACGCGGAAGCCGAGCUGCUGCAGCUUGACAGCAGCAGUUUGGGCAGCGGGGACGUUGGAGCAGCUGCUGCUAUAGGAUCGGAGCGAUCGCGCCUGCGUCGGGGCCUGGCACACAUUCGGUCCAAGGUGAAGGCCAAGCACCAGGCGUCGGCUGCCAUGACAAAGAAGGAUCUCGGAUCCGGGUCCAGCGGCACAGUCCCAGGGCCACAGCCGCAGCGCAGCGGCUUCCUUCGCCGGAGAAAUGUGGUGGAGGCGGGCUGUGAGCCGUCCACCAGCCAACAGGCGGAGAUUCCUAUUGCGAGCGGGAAGGUCAAGAAGAGGGGCAUCCUGUUGGCUCGCAAAGACGUGGAGAUUGAGUCGGGUGUGGAGGUGCUCGAGGACAUGAUACCUGUGACAGUGCUGCAGAGGGAUUCCUUGCAGAAAGCCAUAAAACACCAAUCGCAGGAUGAGCAGGAUGCUGGCGCAGUUCAUAGCGAGUCGGUGAGUGCUCUUUCGCUUGCCCUGGAUCCGGACGUCAAAACACAGUCCAGCCGGAACUCAUUCAAUGACAGUGGGACGCAGAAGUCGGCGCGCGACUCGAGGGAGAGCAUCUUCACCAGCUUCAGCCAGGUUAGCGCAAAACUAUGGCGGGAGAAACAUCAAGGCGCCACGGCCUUCGCCCUGCCCGUCCUGCUAACUUUCUUAUUGGUCAUACUGAUGAUCCUGCCGGUACCCGACUUCCUACGCGGCGUUUUCGCCACGCUACUCUUUUUCGUGGCGAUGGAUAGCUGGGGCAGCCGCCUGCAUAAGCUGCUGGAGCAUCUUCUGCUGUCUACGCACCCGGAGCGAGACACCUUUGUGAUACCGAACUACAAGGACAUGCCGAUUUGCGAGAUACCGGCGGUGGAGGAGCACAAGACGAUCAAGACGUACGCCGGCUGGAUGAACGAGCUCAGCAGCUACGAUCCCAACACGUUCUCCUUUACCCUGACGAGAUCCGUGUAUGUGCGCCUCGAUGGAUGCAUCCUCAAGAUGUCGGGCACGAAUGCCAGGAUUCCCAAGCGUCGCAUGUGGAACGAGCCGCCCAUCGAUCGCAACAAGAUCCUGUUCACGGAUCACCGGUCUUAUGACCUCAGGGACUGCCGCAUCGAACUGCUGCCCCUGGGUUUGGCCAAGAAGCGGUUCUUCAAUCGCAAGUAUCCCAUUCAGUUGAUCAUCAAGAGCAGUCGGGAUGUGCCCGAGGAGCUCAACUCCGCAGAGAGCCACUCCGAUACCACUAUUAAGCCAGAGGCCAAGGAAACCAAAGCUGCCUCUAAUUCAGCGAGAACGCCACCGGGCGCCGAGGACCAGGACAAGCAGGUGGACUUUGCGGCCACGGUGAUGCAGGCGGAUUUGCAGCAACUGCAAAACACCGUUAACCCGGACAAGGAACUCACCGAGAUCACCGUGCCCUGUGGCGACGAGGUGCGUCUGCUGCUCUUCUCGCGCUGUGACCGGGAAAAGGAGGACUGGUAUCGCCGCUUCUUGGCCGCCAGCAAGGGUCUCGUUCACGAACAGGAUCUCCAGGUGCCGAUGGCCCGGUUUGUGGAGGACACCGAUCUGCAGGCUGCUGCCGCCAGGCAGGCCCUGCAUCUGGUGGCCUCUGGCCUGGGUGGGACCAGCGCAAAGUCGAAGGGCAAGGAAACCGAGGAUAAAACCGAUGAGGCGAAUCCCACUGAUGAAUCCGAACAGCAGACACCCGAUGGACAAUUUGAGAGCAUAACCGAGGAGGAUCUCAUCGACCCGCCAAAGGACGAAAGCUUCGAUGGCAUGAUUAUGAGUGCCAAUGUGGCCAGGAAUUCGCCAGAUUAUGUGCGAUUCAUGGCUGUGUAUCAGAAAGCUUGUUCCCAGCGCACAAUUCCCGUGACCCGAAGUUCAGUCGGAGAAUUCUAUUCCGAAAAACAGCGCCCCAAAAAAAGAGCUACAGCCUCCUCCUUGCAGUCUCGCCGUGCCAAACGCCAGGAGGAUGAGCUGUGGAAGGGCAUUGACCAGUCCCUGUUCCUGGGGCCAUCCGGCAGCAUUGUGUGGGCAAAUGUUUUCCUGGGCCGCUUCCUAUACAGCUGCCUGCAUGAUACUAUGCUGCACGAGAGGAUCAAGGAUGUGCUGCAAAAGAAGCUGAACUCCAUCAAGCUACCCAGCUUCAUGGAGGAGGUGGUAAUCACGAAUAUCUACAUGGGCCGAUCUCCGCUGCUCUGUCAUCGCGUCUCCCAGCCCAUGCUGGAUGAGCGCGGCGUUUGGAUGGAUGCAGAUAUCACCUACGAAGGAUUGGCCCACAUUACAGUGACCACCAAGCUGAAUCUACUGAGGAUUCGUGGUAAAUCCAAGUCACCAAUGACUGCCGAAUCCGCCAUGUCGGCCGCUUCAUUUGCGCCCGAGCUGGCGCCGGAUUUGCGCAGCAAUACGGAUGUGGGCAGUGAGAAUGUCAUCUAUGACAGUGACGCCGAGAGUUCCGGUGGCUCGUCCACGGAAUCCGAGAGUCCACCGCCGGGCAAUGCCCAGGAGAAUCCCGCUGGGACUGAAUUCUUCCAGAAUUCGCCUGGCAAUGCGCGGCGCAUCUUCAAGAUUGUGGAUCGCAUAGCCGCCUCCAAUCUAUUCCAAUACGCCACCGAACUGCCGUACGUGCAGCGCGCCAUGGAGAACAUGAACGCGAACAUCACGUUGCGCGUAGAUCUCAAGGGUAUGGUGGCGCGCGGCACCUUGAACAUACCGCCACCGCCCUCCGAUCGGGUGUGGGUCAGCUUCCGGGGACCGCCACGCCUGUGGAUAUCCACCAAGCCCCAAGUGGGCGACAAAUCCGUCGACUGGUCGAUCGUGACCAAUGUCAUCGAGAGCAAGCUGUGUGAGGCUGUUAACAAGUUUUUGGUCUAUCCCAACAUGGUGGACUUCUCUGUGCCGUUGUUGAGCAAUCCCAACUUCGAUGAGGAUCCUCUGGCCGCUGGGAAUUGAGGACCAAGGGCUGGUUGGGGACGAUGAGCGAUGAGAUAUGAUCUAUCUCGAUUUAUGUAUUGAAUUUAACACAAAGUGUGAGCGAGAUUUUCUAGGUUUAUUUUUUGUAAACUCCAAGUUUAGCUUAGGUCUGCGAUCUCUGAUUCCAAAUGCGAUAAGUAGAGAGAUAAUUCCAAAAAGAAGGACAAGUUUCAAGGCGCUUAUAUUUUUGAUCACACAUUCUGUUCACACUCCAGGAAACACACAAUCCCAAUCCAGCUUUAUGGGCUUGGCUACAAUAAUUUACACAACUGAGAUAAUAUCGGAGGAUUAGCGGGCAAAGGUGAAGGGGACUUAGAAUACAUAUUUAUAUAGCAUAUAGAAUAUGCUGCUAAUACAGCCGCUCUGUGAGGUCAUCACGACAAGUAUUCCAAUAGCAUAAUGCAGGCAUAUGUAUCCCUAACUAUUCUAUAUACGAACAACUACAAUAUACAGCCUCUAUUUAUACACACACUAUAUAUUCCAAGUAGCUUAGCGAUAGAGUGCGUGUGAUUUUUAAACAAGAAAAUCGAAUUUUAUUUGCGACUUGACGCGAUCCGUAUGUACUUAAAGCGUUUCAACUAUUUAAAAUACUAGUAUAUGCUAGCGAGAAUAAGCGGUGGGGGUACAUUCUAUAUAUCCGUACGUACAUUUUGCCAAAUAAGAACAAAAAACUAUUCCGUUGGGUUCCAAUUUUAUGCAACUUUAAGAGACAACUAAGAAAUAUAUAUCAUUUACACGGUUGUUUUUUCCAGGCUAACAACUAAGUACUCUAAAUCAUUUUAGCUACAGCAGAAACCAACGUCUAUAUAUACAAUUUAUUUAUGGAAAAAAAUACAAAAUAAAUGAUAGCGAAUUGCUAGCACA